CACCACCGUUUAGAUGUUGGACGGAGGCUCCUUCCUCGCGAGUAAGCUGGGGCAGCUACAGCUCCUUCCAGUCCAUCUCAGAAAAUUAAUAAUAAAUAAAAAAGAAAAACAUACCCCUCUCAUCUUCCCAACCCUUCUCUCGGAUCUCUCUCAUACGAUGCGCUCUGCGCUCUGAUCGAUUGAUGUCUCACCCAAAGCGCCCGGCCUGUAAUAGCAGCAGCAGCAGCCCUUUCUCCGCCGUGAAAAAAGCCAAAUCCCAGCCCCUUGCAUUCUCCCUGGAAUCCAAGAACGUCCUCCACCACCUCAGCAGCGACGUCGGCAACUCCGACUCCAUGCUCCUCGACGACGAUCCCAAGGCCGAGGGCGCGGACAUGUCCUCCAUCGCCCUCGGCGUCGUUGGCUGCAGCAGGAAUCCCACCACUGGUAUCGCUGCCAACCUGUCGAGGAAGAAGGCCAUCCCUCCCCAGCCGGCGAAGAAGCUCGUCAUCAAGCUCACCAAAGAUAAACCAAAGCUGCCAACAAAUUUUGAGGAGGAUACAUGGGGAACAUUGAAGUCAGCUAUUAAUGCUAUAUUCCUGAAACAGCCGGAUCCUUGCGACUCUGAGAAGCUUUAUCAGGCUGUUAGUGAUCUUUGUUUGCACAAGAUGGGUGGAAAUCUUUACCAAAGAAUACAGAAGGAAUGCGAAGCACACAUUUCCGCAACACUACAAUCGUUAGUUGGCCAAAGCCCAGAUUUGGUAGUUUUCUUAUCAUUGGUUGAGAAAUGCUGGCAGGAUCUUUGUGACCAGAUGUUGAUGAUUCGUGGUAUAGCUUUAUAUCUUGACAGAACAUAUGUCAAGCAAACCGCAAAUGUUCGGUCUUUAUGGGACAUGGGGUUGCAAUUAUUCCGCAAACAUCUCUCUUUGUCUCCAGAAGUUGAACACAAGACAGUCACUGGUCUUUUAAGAUUGAUCGAGAGGGAGAGAUUAGGUGAAGCGAUUGAUAGGACUCUUGUUAACCAUCUCUUGAAGAUGUUUACUGCUCUAGGAAUCUACACAGAAAGCUUUGAGAAGCCGUUUCUGGAGUGUACAUCUGAGUUUUAUGCUGCUGAGGGUGUGAAGUAUAUGCAGCAAUCAGAUGUUCCUGAUUACUUGAAACAUGCUGAGAUAAGGUUGCAUGAAGAACAUGAAAGAUGCUUACUCUACCUGGAUUCAAGUACAAGGAAGCCACUGGUGGCAACUGCAGAGAGGCAACUUCUUGACCGUCAUAUAUCUGCCAUACUUGAUAAGGGAUUCACAUUGCUUAUGGAUGCGAAUCGCAUUGAGGACCUACAGAGAAUGUAUGUUCUGUUUUCAAGGGUUAACGCUCUUGAAUCACUACGGCAGGCCAUUAGCUCAUACAUUCGUGGCACUGGGCAAGGCAUUAUCAUGGAUGAAGAGAAAGACAAAGAUUUGGUUUCCUGUCUCCUAGAGUUUAAGGCUUCUCUUGACACAAUAUGGGAAGAAAGCUUCACAAGAAAUGAAGCAUUUUCAAACAGCAUAAAGGAUUCAUUUGAACAUCUCAUUAAUCUUCGUCAGAACCGACCUGCUGAGCUGAUUGCAAAGUUUCUGGAUGAGAAGCUUCGUGCUGGUAACAAGGGUACAUCUGAAGAGGAGUUGGAGGGUACACUUGAUAAAGUUUUGGUAUUGUUCAGAUUUAUACAAGGUAAAGAUGUGUUUGAAGCAUUUUACAAGAAGGAUCUGGCGAAGAGGUUACUGUUGGGAAAGAGUGCAUCUAUUGAUGCUGAGAAGUCGAUGAUUUCUAAGCUCAAGACAGAAUGUGGGAGCCAGUUUACAAAUAAGCUUGAAGGAAUGUUCAAGGAUAUCGAAUUAUCUAAAGAGAUAAAUGAGUCAUUCAGACAGUCGUCCCAGGCCAGGACAAAACUGCCAUCAGGGAUUGAGAUGAGCGUCCAUGUCUUGACAACAGGGUAUUGGCCAACAUAUCCACCCAUGGAUGUUCGGCUUCCUCAUGAACUGAACGUUUAUCAGGACAUUUUCAAAGAGUUCUAUUUGAGCAAGUACAGUGGGAGGCGCUUAAUGUGGCAAAAUUCAUUAGGUCACUGUGUAUUAAAAGCGGAGUUCCCAAAAGGUAAAAAGGAGUUAGCAGUGUCGCUGUUCCAGACUGUUGUCUUGAUGCUGUUUAAUGAUACCCAAAAACUUAGCUUUCAAGAUAUCAAGGAUUCCACCAGCAUUGAGGAUAAAGAGCUAAGAAGGACUUUGCAGUCACUCGCUUGCGGCAAAGUUCGUGUACUUCAAAAGUUUCCUAAAGGGAGAGACGUGGAGGAUGAGGAUGCAUUUGUAUUCAAUGAAGAAUUCAGCGCUCCCCUCUACCGCAUAAAGGUGAAUGCGAUCCAGAUGAAGGAGACAGUUGAAGAGAAUGCAAGCACCACGGAAAGAGUUUUCCAGGAUCGCCAGUAUCAGGUUGAUGCUGCAAUUGUUCGGAUAAUGAAGACUAGGAAAGUACUGAGCCACACGCUCUUGAUAACUGAGCUCUUCCAGCAGCUCAAGUUUCCAAUAAAGCCAGCGGAUUUGAAGAAAAGAAUUGAGAGCCUCAUAGACAGGGAGUACCUGGAACGGGACAAGAGCAACCCACAGAUAUACAACUACCUGGCUUAGAUUUGAUCUCUCUCACUACAAUCUCAAACAGGAAACUGCCCUUCCCUUUGGCCGUGCACCCAGAAGGCCAGUCUAAUGCUUCAUGGAUCUCUUAUCGGAGCAAUGUACAGGAAUCAUAUUUCAUAGUUUCAUAGGGACCGACACUGUAAAAUAUCUUGUCAUGUAUUCGUUUUCCCUUUGUUGUCAUGGAUUCCACCAUCAUGAAAUGCAAAAGAAAGAACUGAAUGCUUCUUCAAAUCAAAUACCAUCAACAUGCCCUAAUUAUCAAGGGCGCCAGUUUGAUUUUCCCAAUUAUCGUAAGUUAAUCAGCACACGUAUUACAGUGGACCCUUCUA